CUUGAUUUCACAGCGAUCGAGGCGCGUCCUGAGUGCGAUGCGGCUUUACCGUAGAAUGGUGACUGACAGGCUACACGGUCACCCUCAUCGAACGACUCACAGGCCACUUUAUUAAAUCUCCAGCGCUGUCGGGCUCUCGGAGACUCAGUCUCUAGAUGAAGGCAUGCCCUACCGGGCCCAAUGCCCGUGUCAGGGGCCCCAUGCCACCCUGGUCUGCUGUUUUACCGCCUUUAUUAUUGUUUUACUAACUCAGGUUCAGCUCUCGGAGUCUAUACUUUGUGGACCUUGCAAUCCUCUGCUAUGUGAAGAGCUAGUCGACUGUCCGAAAGGCAUAACAACUGACCCGUGCGGUUGUUGCGAAGUUUGUUCCAAACUUGUGAACGAGACAUGCGGAGGAAAGUACGGUCUACUGGGGCGAUGUGCUCCCGGCUUGGAGUGCUUCAUAUCCCCGGAGAUAGGACAGCCUAUCACCGGACACGAAGAAGGGGUCUGCAAAGAGGUAGGACUGAGUAACUGUGCCAAUGUGAACUGUGAAGAAGAACCCGUGUCCCAAUGUCCCAUCGACUCCAUCCUCAUCCGCAACAUGAGUCUGAGGGUAGCUCACAGCUGCUGCAAGCCGCCGCUGGCCUGCGAGUGUAACCGUACUGCCUGUGUGCGACGGGCGUGUCCCGUGGGCUACAUAAGCACCCUGGUGGUGGAAGGGCUUGGGAAACCAGGAAGGUGUUGUGAUCAGUACAGGUGUGAACGCUCAGAAAAAUGUCGCUCCGUUGUGUGUCCUGCCGAGGUGGAACUCGCCUGUGAAGAAGAUAGUUUUAGACCACCGAAUGUGGCUUCAGCCGAUGGGUGCUGUUCCCUUGCUCAGGGAUGUCGUUGUAAACCAGACUACUGCCCCGAGGUGAAAUGCCCUGCUCCUCUUCAGAUAGAAGUGAUCUCAAAAGCUACAAAUGAACCCGGCUCUUGUUGUGAUGAAUUUCGCUGUGUGAAUGAAUCUCUACAGUCUUGCGAGUACAAGAACCAUGAGUAUGCUAAUGGUGAGGAAUGGAGACUGGACAAGUGUACCUCCUGCAUGUGUCGUAAUGGUUUGACCUUCUGUAGGGCGGAGACCUGCAACACCUCCCUGUGUGUCUAUAACCUGGUCCCUGAGGGGCAGUGCUGUCCUGUCUGUAAAGGUUGUGUAUCUGACACUGGUCUCCUGUACAACAACUCCGAGGUGUGGAAGCAAGGGGACUGCGUCACAUGUCGCUGUGACGCGGGCAAGCCUCUGUGUCAGGCGGAGCUAUGUGCACGCCGUUGCCAGAAGCCCCGCUACAUCCCAGGCCAGUGCUGCCCCAUCUGUGAUGGAGAAGCAUCUGUGAUCACUCAACCUGCCCACUGUCCAGACAUGAGUAACUGUAGUGCGGUGUGCCCGGGUGGACUUCAGAGGAACGCCACAGGCUGUUACAUCUGCAAAUGUAAACCAGAGAACUGUGACUUGGAGUGUAAAUAUGGCUAUGUUGUGGAAGAGACAGGAGAAGAAGUGUGCGAGUGUACCAAACCCCCUCAUCACUGCUCCCGUCUGGACUCCUGCAAGAAGUACUGUGUCUAUGGCUUCAAGAAAGCUCGCUCAGGCUGCCUACGUUGUCGUUGUAACAAGUGUCCUCCCUUCAACUGCACCAAGCGAUGUCUCCAUGGUUACCUGACCAAUGAUCAAAGCUGCACCAUAUGCAAAUGCAAAGAAGCGCCUUGGUUGGUGGGUAACCGCCAGGCUAAUCGUGUGACCCCUCCCCCAGAGCCGACCACACCCUCCUUACACUUCACUGAAGAGGGCCGAACCUGCCUUUCCCCCAUGGGAAGGCGACACGAUGAUGGGGAAUCGUGGCACGACGGCUGUCGGCGAUGUUACUGUCACAGUGGCAAGGAGAUGUGCUCCCUUAUUACCUGCCCUUCCCCCAGGUGUACGAGCCCUGUGUUCAGGGUGGGGGACUGCUGCCCAACUUGUCCAGACAUCAGUGUUCCCGCCGUUCCAGGGACAGGAGAACAGGAGCGCUGUGUCGCUGUGAGUGGGAACCAUUACGCAGAGGGGGAGACCUGGCAUUUAGAUGAGUGUACCCAGUGUAUCUGUCAUGACGGAGGUGUGAUGUGUGAAACACAGACUUGUCCCCCCUUACUCUGCAGGUUCCCUGUCAAACUCAAGGACAGGUGUUGUCCUGUCUGCCCAGGUGGGAUUAACAUUCCAACCGAGCUCACCCCUGGUCUGGGAAAAUGUACCUCCCCAUCAGGGACCGUUUAUAGCCACGGGGACGUGUGGCAGCCGACUUUGUGUCAAGGCUGUGUGUGUAAGCGGGGUCAGGUCCACUGUUUCUCCCAGACCUGUCCCCCAGCAACCUGUGAUAAACCUGUCCUUAAGAAGGGACAGUGCUGCCCCAGCUGUCUCGAGGGUAAAGUUAAUGCUCUGUGCACACACCAUGGUGUCCAGUUCAGUGCCGGUGAGCAGUGGCAGGAGGACAACUGCACCAUCUGUCAGUGUAAGGAUGGGGAAGUGUCCUGCCAGAGUACCGUCUGUCCUGUCUUACACUGCACCGUACGUGUCAAACAACCCACAGAGUGCUGCCCUGUCUGCCUCAAUAACACUACGUAUACGUUCCCUGCAAGAGAUGAUGGUCUUGUCCCUCCACCAGCUAAUCAUCCACCGGAUCAGCUGGAUCCAGACAAGGACGAAGGACCGAUAGAGAAGAGUCCAGAGAAGAAGAACUACCUGGUGGCUACAGCUGUCCUCGCUAUCAUUGUCUUCAUCUUCCUCUUCCUUAUCGUUGUCUUAGUCUACGUUGUCAUGCGACAACGACGCACAGGCACCUUCAAGACAAAGAUGGAUCACAACAUGCUGACGGACAUCAAGAUCCGCCCCAAGUCCACCAACCUUGACCUGCAGGGGGCCAUGCCCUUCCUCUUCGAGCCCUCCUUACAUUCUAAAUCUUUGAACUGUGGGAAAAUGCCUUCAGAGAUCACACCUUUGACAUCUAACAAAGACAUGAUGGGAAAGCCAGGUGAGGAGCAGGAAAAAUCACUGUUGCCCACAGAGGAAGACGAUGUGAUAUGGAGUAAACUGGUGUGUGGGACAAUGCCAGAGCUUCCCAACAAGCUGCUGUACGAAACCUAUAAUAAUGCGUAACGCGUCCAGAGGACAGCUGCUGUCAUUGGUCGCUGGUGUAAUGGAGUCAAGCAGACCGGGACAAGCAGAGCUGGAUGGUUUAGAAUGUUAAGCCUAGCCAUGGUGGCCUAGGACAGAAAGUGAUCGACUGGACAGCCUACUCUUCAUGGUUGAAGAACAGUUCAUUCUCAAAAUGUUCUUGUCAUAUUGAUUGUAUUAUGUAAAUGUCCAGUGUUGUGAAUUAGAUAACUGCAGGUGCUUCUCAAGUCUACCAUGAACAGGUCAUGAUGGCUGCAUAGAACCGACUUGCUUUCAGGUAGAUGUUGAAUUUGAUGCUCCACCAGUAGUUGCUACCUUCGACACAAGAAGCAUUUCUGAAAACCUGUACCAAUACCAUGCAUGUAUGUCACGCUAUUGGCAUUGAACAGUAUUUUGCUAAAUUGGCUAAGUUAUCUAGCCGAGUACCGAAAGUAUAUGGCAGAUGUGGACUCCUAGAGAGGUAGUUCUCUGUCAGCACUUCUUUGUCAAGACAAAUCCACUGGACAUUGGAGUACAGCAGAUGUGUGCCUGUCAGGAUGGCAUGAUUUUGAAAAGGACUGAUGGAAUUAUGGAGAAGAAGCAAUCUCUGUGUAGGUGACUGCCAGCAUAGCCUAAGCUUGGAAAUAGGGGCCACAGCCACUGUCUUUGGUUGUCGUGGAUACAGGUCAUUCCAUUUCUGUGUGUAGGUGAACCAGACUUGUGACUUCAGCCCGUAUUGCUAAGCUUCUUCAUAUGUGUUUUUGGACAGUUUUAUCAAUAGUAUCUCCUACAUACAUUGUAUAAUAUGAACUGUGUAUAAUACCUUUUUACUUACCAUUUCUUUAAUAUAUUAAAGGUGGCAGUGCUAAAAUUGAAUAAGUUCCUUUAGCGAUAUUAAAUGUACUGUUUUUUUUUUUUGUUUUUUUUUUUACAUUUCUGUUGGCAUGUUUGUGAAUUGUGUUGUGGUCGUUGAUUAGAUGAAUUUAUGUAUACGUAUGUAUCUUCAUAUAUUUCGUGGCCAACAGGCCAGGUGUGACAUAAGCUCUACAUGUAGUGCAGUUUUGAGGUCAAUCAAAUGGUUUUUCAAGUGAUUCAUUUCCAAACUACUUGAUGAUUCAGGGAGGGUUUGUGUAACAAACUGAAAUUGAUAGGUUAGCAAGUCUUGUUUAUUAGGUAUUUUAUGGACAUAUAUAUAUAUAAAUAUACGUUAAAAAAUGUAAGUAUAUAUCACCAUGUUAUCAUAAGGUUAUGUCUACAUGUAGCUGCAUGUGGAUGUUUGUCAGUCGUGCUGUACAUACUCCCAUAUAUGUGCAUAUCAGAUCUGUUUUGUGAUUGAAAUGACACAGAUGUUUGAAGAGAUUGAAAUUCAAAAACCGGAGUUUUGAAAAAAAAUGUUCAACCCAUGACACAGACAGUUAGUGUUGUUUCUAUAUUUGGCACAUCUUGAUUAUUAUUCUUCAGCAGUGAUUAUGCAGUUGACUUGUAAGCAGACUACAUGAGAAUCUGACAGUAAGUAAUUUAUAACUUAAUAUGGUUAAAAUUUACUGUAUUUCACCUUAAGCUUGGUGUGUAAAAAUGCACUUUACGUGUAAAGACCAUAAAAUGAUACUUUUGAUACCAACACUAAAGUUCCUCUGAGUACAAAUUAAUCCGACAUCACAGAAAACUCUUAAGUGGCCCCGUAGGGUCGAUGAAUAAAUUAGAAUUAAGCAAAGUGUGUAAUUUGAAAAGUGCUAAACUUUAGGUGAAAAUUUUACAGUAGGUUGAUAGUAACAAAAUAGCUAUACAAGUGCUUAAAUAGUUGUACAGGAGCCCAUUCCAUCUGUGCAGCCAUUGGCUGAAAAGAUUUCAUGUAGCAGAGGCUCAUGGUAAUUGUAUACUUUAACUGUCUCAUACACAGAUAUUGUGGGGAUGAAUACAUUUACCACUAGCAGGAGAAAUGGUCCAGGUCGAACCCUUUAGAAUUGACAGAAACAAUUGAAUUGAUGAUUUUUUUUUUCUCACAGAGUAGCAAAAUGGAAGAACUGAUAAAACCACAGCAAGGUUGUCACUAAUGAUUUAAACCUCCAAAAGUUUUAUACUUUUAUAUUAAUCCUGCAGAUCAUGCCAUAAAUUUGAUAAUACUCCAAAAAAUCUGCAUGCAUUUUUGGUACUUGUAUUAAAAGAAAUUUAAACUCUUCGUAGACUCUUGGUAUUGCGCAGAAUCAGAGCCCCAUAAGGUUAAAGU